UCCAUCUAUUCUAUUCAAGUUGUUCCACAAUCACUGAUGUAAUGAACUUCCAAGUUGCAUCUCAACUGCAAUCCAUUGCAAUCUUGUUUUGGAGCACUUAUCUAACUAGAUAACCAAAUUGAAUUUCCCUUAAAAAUCCUUUUUCUAUUGUUUUUCACUUGGAGAGUUGACUGAUGAUUAGUCAUUGCCAUAUUUUUCCUAUCUCCUAUUCCUAUUGUGCAUGCAGUUUCAUGAUUCUCAUCAGAAUCAGGAAUAUUUCUAUUUAGAAAAAAUUAAUUUGUUACACCAUGAAGUACAAUAUGAAGGAAAACGGUAACUAAAUUUUUUUUAUAUAUAUGUAAGUUUGGAAAGUAUUUUAUGCUCAUCAAAGCUGUGUUUAUUUGACCAAAAUACAGUAAAAUAGUAAUAUUAUGAAUUUUUACAAAUUAAAUUAACUUUUUUUAUUUUAAUAUAUUUUAAAAUGUAACUUAUUCCUAUGAUGCAAAGCUGAAUUUUCAGCAUGAUUACCGUCACAUGAUCCUUCAGAAAUCAUUCGAAUAUGCUGAUUUGCCGUUUAAGAUACAUUUCUCAUUAUAAUCAAUGUAAUAAACAGUUGCACUACUUAAUAUUUUGUGGAAAUGAUUCUUCAGUGAAAAGAAAGUUAAAAAGAACAGCAUUUAUUUGAAAUCAAAAUCAUUAUAAAAGUAUUUUCUGUCACUUUUGAUAAAUUUAAAGCAUUGUUCUAAAAAAAAAAAAAAACUUUUACUAAAUCCAACUUGUUUUCAAAAAAACUGACAAAAAGACUUUUCAGGCAUCUCAUCUCAAAUAACCACUUCUACUUCCUUCCUUUUUUUGGUCCCCAGUUCGAAUUGCCUCUGUUUUCUCAUUUGUAAAAUACUUUGGAUACAAGUGUCUGCUAAAUAAAUAAUGUAAAUGCCAAUCUGUGAGUCACGUCCAUCUGUAGGAAAGUCCUGCCUUCUGACCCACAUUUUUGACCCCUAGUUUGCCUCUUACUCGCUCACGUGAUAUUUCCAAUUUUGCACUGCAUUUGUUUUGUGCAGAUUUUUGGAGCUAACCACAAGUUACAUGCAGCCUAUUUAUUUCUCGACGAGUCUAUGUGACCACCCCUGGUUUUGCACACCCUGAGCAUGGCCAGGAAGAGGAGUGGUCACUGUAUGAAAAAGUGUGAAGAUAACUGCCUAGUAUGUAAAUAUGGCAGCUGUGAUAAUGCAGACUAUCUGGCUCUUUGAACCCAGGGUGUCUUUAGCAUGUCGCUGCAUGUCAUUUUGGGUAUUCUGUGUACAUGUGCAUCCUUACGUCUGUCGUUUGAUGCCUGAAUUUGCACAUUCCAGGGUCUGUCUUCAAACGUCAGCUGACUUGUCACGGUUUGUUUUGUUUAUCACUGUUGUUAUCACCCGGCCCUGAGUAAAAUCUCGUAUUUUAUGUCUUCCUUUGGGGGAGGGGGAAGGGGAGUUAACCAAUUGCUAGCAGCUGUUACUCUUUUCACAAUAGGGCCGCCUCUCGAGCCCAGUGUGUGCGAGUGUGACAGAGUUAUGUUGUUAAACCAGGCAUACUGCUGCUCGACUUCACCCCUCUUCGCUUGACAGGACUUUCCCUUCAGAAGUCCUGGUGGUGCCAGGAGACUCCCACGUGUGAAAGCCGGAGCUCAAAACCAACUAAUUAACUGGCAACGACCCUCCCAACCCUUUCCCUUGAGGAGCACUUUUAAACCCCAGUUUCAUCAAAACACUGCUGCUUCAACCUUUCCUCAGGAGAACGCUCAUGUGCUUACAAGGUCACCAGACGUUCUUGGGAACACAGACUUGGAACACAAUAAAAGUAGCAAGAUGACAGUCCGGCUGCCCUCGAGGCUUCUGCUGUGGUUCAUUGGGUUGUUGGGUGUCGCAUUAGUGACUUUAUUCGUGGUUUGUGUGACUACACAGAUUCAGGUGCCAUGGCAAGUGAUGAGCCUGAAAAGGUUCCCAAGUAAACAUUUCAGGUUUUUUUCUGACAAGAAUGACAGCAGUUCUUCGGAAUAUCAACUGUCUGCUGAGAAUGAACUGGACACUGUUGAAGAACUUGAGCAGAAUUCAUUGCAGAAAUCAGAUGUUCAGGAUUCAUCAGAGUCAGAAAAUGAUGCAAAGUCUAAUCAAGCAAAGUCUAAUCAAGCAAAGUCAAUCACAAACUCCUCAAAACCAGUGGCAAAACCCACUGAGCCUGACUUUUUUGGUGACCGGUAUACCACAGAUGACAUUCCUUCACAAACAAACUGUCCGAACAAUAUUAGGAAGCAUGUGCCUCAGACUCAAUUUGCUGAGAUGUUUCUAACCAAUAUUCCAGUUCUCCAGUGGGCAAAGCAUUUUAGCCCAGAAGAGUACCAGCGGUUGAGUCACUACGGAGGAGCACACGGCUGGGGAAGUGUCAGUGCUGAAGUGUUGAACAGCUCACUGGCAAUUUUAAAUACACCUGCAAAUCGGUUGAUGUUUGAUGACUGGGAGAAUAAAUCAAACAGAUCUGAGUGUAUUCGCUGUGCUGUGGUGGGAAAUGGUGGAAUACUGAAUGGUUCAAGGAAAGGCAAGGAGAUCGAUGAACAUGACUAUGUCUUCAGGGUAAAUGGUGCGGCUCUUACAGGGUUUGAGAAUGAUGUGGGAUUCCGGACUUCAUUCUACACCUUCUCAACCAACACCAUGCGAAACUCGAUGCGUAGCUAUGCUCGCGUAGGCUACAGAGGUCCACCUAUAUCCAAAGAAACCAGGUACAUAUUCCUGCCAGACCACGACAGAGAUUAUAUUCUUAUGAAGGCGGCAUCCACACACACAGCAAUUGUUAAAGGCCCUGAGCGCAGCAAAAACCCCCCUUCGUACUUUGGUGAAGAUGUGACUGUAGAAAAAUUCAAAAUCUACCACCCAGACUUUAUCCGCUACCUCAGAAACAGGUUCCUGCAUUCAAAGCUUCUGAGAACAGGCGCGAGAAGAAUUUACAGGCCGUCAACAGGAGCAGUGAUGCUCCUAGCUGCUAUUCAUACAUGCGACCAGGUUGAUGCUUAUGGGUUCAUGACUCCUGACUACACUUUGUAUUCAGACCACUACUACGACAAACAGCGACGUCCAGUGCAUUUUUAUGCCAAUCAUGACAUGCGAAUGGAAAUGAGGUUGUGGCAAGAGCUGCAUAAUGCCGGACUGAUCAAUCUCUUCAUGCGCCAAUAAGCACAAAUGAUGGAUGCUACACAUUGUAAAGGGUGUUUCUUAUUUUCAGAACUGAAAAAGCUCUGGUAGGCGUGUGCAGGACAAACCUGUUAUUCUCUCCUUGGUAUUAGAAAUGUUUUCCUUUUGAAGGAUAAGUUCAUAAUUGUUCAACAAAAAAACUAUGUGCAGAAACUAUAUAGUCAGUGCUUUGGACUGAUUGUCUUUUGAGUCAAUUCAUGAGAGACAAAUGGCUGACUAAUGUGUUAUAGGGAGAUGGCUGCUAUUUGUUCACACAUAUUGAGUCAUUUCACAUCAAGGCCAAGCAGGAUUAAUCACGGUCUUGCUUUGGGCCACGUACAAAAUUUCUGUAAUACGUGCCUUAAGCCUUCUCAAACGAUGGACUGUCAUGGCGUGUGAGAAACAGCGAGAGUUUAAAAGAUUCAGAGAAUCACACUUAAGUGAAAAAUAAUCAACCAAAGAGAAUAUUUUAAAUUAAAUUUUUCAUUUAAUCUUUUUUUUAACAUGGUGUGCGAGAGCAUAAAUGUUUCUAGAUGGUCAAUUCAAAAUCUACUUGUUGCCAUGUUGCAUCAUGUGGAAAUCAAGAAGGGUUUUCUGUUUUUAAGAGAUUUUUUUUAUGCCUUAGGUUGUUAUGUUUACAGCUUAACUUUACUUGGAAGCUUGAAAGUGCAAUAUCUUAUGGUUCACAAGCGGUUUGAAUCAAAAUGUGAAUUUCUUUUGUGAUUUAUUUGAUCCUGCUAAUGUUAUGGUCUGUUUGGUCACUUGAUGCUAUCUCUUGAUUUGUAUUUAACAAAUUGUUUACCAAAUAAUUUAACUGCUAUGUUCACUCUGGGCAAAUUAACUGGUUUAGAGAAAUCAUUCCACUUUUAUAAAAUAGUUAAGGAUUUUUGGAAACAGAUGCUAGUAACAAAAAUUGAAAGAUGGUCCUACAGCAAGGGUGUAUUUUAAGCUCAUAAUAAAUCCUUUGAAAUGGUGUAGUUGAUUAUAAAA